AUGGAUACAAAUGGUUGCCUAGGCACUUACACAAUACCCGAAGUCGGUGCUCAUUCGUCAUUGGGCGCUGGAGGCUGGGAUGGAAGACGGCGCAUCGAUAGAUUGCGUCCUGAUGCGUCCGAAUGCCACAUGACAAUCGGCUUCACAACUAUUGUCAAAAUGUCUUUUAUACCAAAAUUGACCAAUGAAAACAUGAUCGAAUGGACAACAAACAUGAUUUCCCAUAACAUGGUACCACUUGAAAUGGGCCCUCGUCGUCUUGCCAAGGCGACGAGGACGCCGAACUGA